UGACGGAAAUAGCCGAGAAGGGAUCGAUAGUAACAAAUAUGGGAGGCUGGGGCAGCUUUAUAUAUUUUUUGUUGUUUAUAAUUGUUUUGAUACCUUGCGUUAUAAGCAAAGAUGCUGUUAUUGAAUACCAUGAAGAUACAAAACCGUGCACAUAUUUUGGAAACACUCGAGUAGCGAAAGCUGAAGGUGGAUUGGUAAACUGUUCCUGGUACUCACACAAUGCAUGCUGUAAAAGGACUGAAGUAACCUCUGUGUUCUCCAAUAUGCUACCACUGUAUAUGGCAAGCAAAGAUUGUCGUAAUCAUAUCAACUAUAUGAUGUGCUACUUCUGUAGUCCUGACCAAUACCAUUGGUACAAAGAUGGGAAGGUAAAUGUAUGUGAGAAGUUUUGUCAGUCAGUAUACUCGAGUUGCAAAGAUGCUUUCUACAAUGGAACUAGAAUUGGGGAAUCAUAUAAAAACGGUACAUCAUUUUGUGAGACACAGAAUUUCAAAGUGGUCAAUAGUAAAUACUGUUUCAAAUACGACCCCACAGUGUUUGAUGCGGCCACAAGCUUACAACAAUCAGAUUUGUUACUCUGUUUUUUGACGAUCUCGGCAUUUUUUACCAGAUUCAUUGUUGACUUGCUAUAGCUUAACUUUCAGUGGACUGACAAAGACUGCAUGCAACCAAUGCAGACCAAGAUCAUCUGGCACAUCUGUGCUGUCUGAUCAUGGUCUUCACUGUAGGCUAUUCAGUCAGUGUAUAUUUUGAAAAUUUCCCCCAAAGUAAUGAAUGGUUUUGUCCAGAUUGAAAGGUGCUCAUGUCCAUUUCAGUUAUAUGUACAUGUGAUUAGCAUGGUAAGAGUUAACGCAGCUUUAUAGAUUUAUAUAUUUGUUGGAUUUGAUAAGAUUCAGGGUAGUUCUUUAAAUACUUCAAAUUUUGUCAUAAAGUAAAGUAAAAAAAUAAGGGGAAGUAAAUUGAGUGCCAUUUUCGAGUUUUACUGCUGUGAUACUGCUAAAGUCUUCAAGUAUUUACUGUAACAUUAUUAUAUUUUCUUUAUUUACCCAUUGACUAACAACGAGGGGCGGUUGGGAGGGGUAGUGGGGUGGGGAGUUAGGGUGGGGGUGGUUUACUAGUAGUCAUGUCUGUCUCUCAAGCAAGGGAUCAAUAUCCCGAAACCUUACUUUGGGAUACAACCUUACUUCAUUAUUGUAACCUUAGUGCAGUAACUAUCCUGGGAUUCAGGCGUUGAUAUUUUUGCUUAUUCAUAACAUAUGCGCUAUUUCAUACUCAUUUGUGUUUUCAUAAUGUUGAUUGCUGAACAGAAGCUCAUAAAAAUCGACAGACUGGAACCCAGGCUAUGCAGUAACUGGUUAACUCCUUAUAACAUUUAAUAGGAGUUUACCCAUUAUUGCACCUAGGUAAAGUGCUUGUAAUACCAGUACUGGUUAGUUCCAGUUAGUUGACUCAAGUGAGGUUCAAGUAUUCUUAAGUUUUAGUAAUAAAAGAAAUUAAAAUUAAAUCCCUCACAAAAAUUUCUGAUUUUGCAGUUAUUUAACAGUGGGUACACAACUUAAGCAUUUAUUCUGAGUCUAUGCAAUUCAAUGUGUAUGGUUAAGUAUGAGCACAAGCACCUGUUACUUCUGAUCACUGUACAAUUUAUAACAAGCUUCUGUAAUUCAACUUGUAUCAUUUUUUUGCAAAGUAGUGUGUAUUUAAAAUUAUGAAAAUCAAUUUUUCAUUUUUGUAAGAACUGAACUUCAUUCUUUUACAUGUAUAUCAGUACAAGCUUAACUGCCUGCUAAUGUAUGUUAGAAAUAGCAAAAAUACUCCAUGUAUUAUUUAGUUGAUAGAUAAAAAUUUUGCUUGCAGAUAUAUAUUGUUAGAUAAAAAUUUUGCUUGUAGACAUUAUAUUGUUAGAUAAAAAAAUUUGCUUGCAGACAUAUAUUGUUAGAUAAAAAAUUUGCUUGUAGACAUAUAUUGUUAGAUAAAAAUUUUGCUUGCAGACAUAUAUUGUUAGAUAAAAAUUUUGCUUGCAGACAUAUAUUGUUAGAUAAAAAAUUUUCUUGCAGACAUAUGUUAGAUAAAAAAUUUGUUUGCAGACAUAUAUUGUUAGAUAAAAAUUUUGCUUGUAGACAUAUAUUGUUAGAUAAAAGUUUUGCUUGCAGAUAUUAUAUUGUUAGAUAAAAAUUUUGCUUGCAGACAUAUAUUGUUAGAUAAAAAAUUUUCUUGCAGACAUAUAUUGUUAGAUAAUAAUUUUGCUUGUAGACAUAUAUUGUUAGAUCAAAAUUUUGCUUGUAGACAUAUAUUGUUAGAUAAAAAAUUUGCUUGUAGCCAUAUAUUGUUAGAUAAAAAUUUUGCUUGCAGACAUAUAUUGUUAGAUAAAAAUUUUGCUUGCAGACAUAUAUUGUUAGAUAAAUAUUUUGCUUGUAGACAUAUUAAGACAUAUAUUG